CUACUGUACUUCAUCGUUUCCACGUGAGUUAAGAACCGUACAUGUGAGGUUGUGGGGUGUACAUACACAUUCCUGUCUUAGUUUUUUUUUUCUCCUUCAAUCAGUCGCAGUUGGGUUUGUUUUCAGAUAUUUACAACCAUGUCUUCUUUUCGAAAAGCCUUGAAAUCUAAACAACGAGACCACAAAGAGCGAUCACAGCUCGGUUUCAGGAAACAUUUGGGACUGUUAGAGAAGAAGAAGGACUACAAACUUCGUGCAGAUGACUACCACCGGAAACAGAAGACCCUCGUGGCCUUGCGCAAGAAGGCCAUGGAUAAAAACCCUGAUGAAUUUCACUUUAAAAUGAUACACAACCAUUUAAAGGAUGGAGUUCACAUGCUCAAACCAAAAGAGGAAACCAUGACAGAGGAGCAGAAGAAAGUGAUGAGGACCCAGGACAUCAGAUAUGUGGAAAUGAAGCGAGUGUCGGAGAUGAAGAAAAUCGAAAGAAUGAAAUCAGAGCUCCACCUUCUUGAUGUUGAUGACGAAAAGAAAAAUAAACAGGUUUUUUAUGUGGACUCAAAAAAAGAAGUGGAGGCCUUUGACCUGGCCACUCACCUCAACACAGUACCUGAACUGGUGGGACGAGCAUAUAACAGACCUACAAUAGAGACCCUGGAAAAGAAAAGCAUUGUGGGAGCAGUGGAGCCUCGGAGUAUAAAAAAACUUGCAAAGCAGAGAGAACUUCAGUAUCUGAGGCUUUCACAGCGUAUUGACAGAGAAAAGAAGAUGUUUGUCAUUAGUCAAAAGAUCCAGACUAGAAAAGAUCUUCAAGAUAAGGUUAAGAAAGUGAAAGUCUGUGAGGAGACCGGAAGUGCUCCAGCUGUCUAUAGAUUUGAGGCCAAGAGGAAAAGAUGACAUCUUUGAAUUAGCACCGUGAGGAAACUCACUUUGUCUUGUGGCCACCAAUCAGCCGUUUGAUUUAUGACCCCCUUCCUCAAAUCUUGCCCUGGAGGUCAAAUGCACUGCAGAGUUUAGCUCCAACCCUGAUCAAAGUCACCUGACUGCGAUUUUCGAAUGAUCCCAAAGACAGUGAUUGGCAUUGAUUAGCAUGCUCAGGUGUGUUUGAUUAGGGUUAGAGCUAAACUCUGCAGGAAAGUGGAUCUCGAGGUCCAGAUUUGAGGAUCCCUGAACUAUGAAGUGCACUGAAUCUAUGGAUUUGUCUUUCACUUCUAUAACGUAGUCUGUGAGGCCAUGCUGGGAAUCUUGCACACUAUAAGGCAAGGAGUUUGUACAUUAUUUAUUGCAAAAUCAUUUAUUGCUUUUAAAUAAAUUUUUGUCCUUCAUG